AUGUUGACUCGGGGCGAAUCUGGUUCUGGGAUGCCCCCUCGACGAAGGUUGAUUGUCCAGCUCGUACCGGUUGCGUGCACCGGUGCACACGGACGCCAACUCAACCGAAUACAUCAUCGAGCAUGGAAUGGCAGCCAUGGAGAGUGGAGGCUGGCUUCGCCGCUUACGUGCAGCCGUGGCGAACAGAGCUCCAGUGAACCUGUCGGCACAAGGUCUAACCCCCCAAGCUCUGGAAUCCUUGAACUGGAGCUGGAGCUCGAGUGGACGGAGGGAGGAAAAGCCAAGCUGUCGAGUCUCCCUUACAAAGAGUACAAGUACAGACAGGUUGGACGAGGGGAGGGCAACGCAUCGCAUCCCAUCACCGGCCAGUCCAGUCGGGAGAGGGGUCGGUCUGUGUGGGCUCUGGAUUUCCACUUCCACUACCGCUAUGUCCGUGUCCGUCCAAAAGGCGAAUGGCAACCUGUCCGUGUCCGUCCAAAAGGCGAAUGGCAACCUGUCCGAGGCGGCGACUAA